AGAACCACCGCCGCUCUCCAAAGUCGUGUCACAACCCACGUCACAGAGGAGCUCCAGCUCCACGGACUCUAGCUGCUUGGAGAUAGACAACACCAGCCAAGACCAUGAUCUUCUAUUGCUUCUAAUCAGGACGACAACGACGACACUCGCCUGCCACCCUGGGUCAUUUCCCUUUGCGAUGAAUCUAUACACCGCCUCAGAGAGCAAACGCCCCAGCUCCGGCUCUGGCUCCCAGGACGGCACCGUUGCUGCCAAGCUCCGGCGCGCCCAUCGCAAGUCGCGUAAGGGCUGUUGGGAGUGCAAGCGACGGCAUAUCAAAUGCGACGAAUCUCGACCUGCUUGUGGCAACUGCGCCGUCAGUGAACGAUCAUGUUCCUUUCCAUCCUCCGCAACGCCCGCUACCACUACGCCAACCGCAUCCCCGAUUCCGUUCCACCCUCUGCCUCUACUCCAGGCCAUCCCGAACAAUGCCAGCAAUAAUCAAGUUCAGAACUGUGCCGAUAGCUGCUCCGACGCCAGUGCUAUCCAAAUUCCUCAGUCUGCUGGACGGCCGCCAUCGUGCUCGCAUGGCCGGGUUGGUUUUCCUGAGGUUACUGAUGACCUAAUCCCCUUUCCUACAACAUUCCCCUCCUUUACCGACACACUUGCCGUAACCACUUUCGUUGAUUCCUCUUCCCCUGCAACAAUCCCUAGCGGCCUUCCUCAGCCCAUCUUCACCGCCAAACAUCUCAGCUUACUUCACCAUGCCAUCACAGAUAUGCCCCUUGCCGGCAGCUUCAUAGGGCUUGUUGUCGAUAUCGCCUUAAAGUGGUGCCAUGUAGCGCCGUACGCUAUGGACCAGCUCCUCGCAUUAUCAGCGGACCAUCUCGGUCUAUUAUCACCUGAAAAUGCCACAUCUCAUCGUCGCACUGCUACUGAGCUUCAGACUCGCGCUCUCAUGUGGUUCAACCGUCCUCCUCCCGAACUAAUGAAUAGGGGUGGGUCUGAUCCAAACAAGACUUGCGUCCCUCGAUUUCUCUUUGCGUCUCUUCUCAGUCUCCAAAUUCUUUAUGAGACAUUUACUCACUACCGUGCCAACUUUCACGUCUUUAUAGAAAGAUUUCUCGAAUUGGCACAUCUCCAUCGAGGGGUUCGAACCGUAACCUCCUCGAUGUAUGACACUAUUCUUGAGUCUAGCAUACGUCCAUUCCUUCUCAAUAUACGCAACGCCGAAGAAGCAGCGAAGCAUGGUGGCAGUGAAUGUGUCGAGCUUAUUAGUCUCAUCCGAGCUUCUGAUUUGGGCCCGACAGCAGUGACAGGAUGCCUAAGAGCCGCUCGCACGCUACAAUGGGCCUUCAAUAUCCAUGCUAACCUGCCCCUCGAGGACAACGUACAUGCUGCAACCGCAUUUCCUGUACUCUUGACGGCAGACUUCCUGGAUACCGUACGAAAACAGCAACCUGAAGCCCUCAUAAUCAUGGCAUACUACGGCGUCUUACUACAUCGGUGCCGCAAAUCUUGGUUUAUAGACGAUGCGGGCACCUUCUUGGUGCGGCUUAUUGCCGAUUACUUGGGCAGCUUUUGGCAAGAGCCAAUGCGCUGGCCUUUGGAGGAGGUGGCUAGGGAGCAAGGAUGAGCCGGCUAUGACACGAAGGAACGAAUUACCCUAUCUGGGUCUGCUCACCAUCCGGAUAGCUGGUGAUGUAAACUCAUGCAAAAGACCAUAAUAGCCGCUAGUGAGAAAAUCGCCACCUCGAAUAAAACCAUAUUGGAGUCUCUGGGACAUGCCUCCUCCGACUCAUUAUCAAGAAGCAUCGGCAAGGCCCGUCUCAAGACCGCCUCAGCGCUGCAGAAGUAUAACAACAAGCUCAACCAACCGCUUUCGAGGUUAUAAGUUUGCAUGGAGAAUAUGGAUAUUGGGUUAUCUCUGUCGCCACCGCCAGCGCACUCGAAGAAGUUUGAUGAUUGAAAAUAAAGUUAAAGCCAUUCCCCCCCAGGACUCAAUUCUCUUUACGAGCGAAUGAUGGAAAAAGUCUGUGAUUCGAUUGAUGCAGACCUCUGCAGAGAGGUACUCGCUAUUGCUUCGGUAGUAUACCGCCCCAUCACCUUCAAGGAACUGGGAUUCUUGUCGCGUCGCUCGAGGACUUGGACGACGAGGACUUACAAGAGAUUAUCGGGUCCUGUGGCUCCUUCCUGACUCUUCGAGAGGGUGCCGUUUACUUUGUCCAUCAACCGGCAAAGGAUUUGAGUUGAGAUGCAUUGUGACUGUGACUGACUUCAGACCACUUAUAUCCGGCUUAAGCGAUACUAUCAAAGGCAACCUCUCUAUUAUCUUACCGGGUCUAUC